UUCAAACAGUGGAGACGUAUCCGUGGAGCGCCCGUCCAGCUGUAGUGGCUUGGUGAAACUACAGACUGAUUCUCCCGGUAGCCGGGGUUCCCAAACGGUCUUUGCGGCCAUCGGCAUACUUUUUGAAGGAGGCGAAAUGCGGUUGCCGCAGAAACAAGCCGCCCAUCGCCGCGCAGCCUUUGCGCCGUAACCCCACCGCCCUUAUUCUAGCUCAGCCUUCGCGCCCUGCCAAGCUCUGCCGUCGAGAGCGGGCAACCCCCUUCCUCGCAGCGGGGAGGGACGCAGGGGUACCGGCUCUCCCCGCCGCCUUCAUUCCGCGCCGAGGGGCCGCUUCAGGGUCCGGCGGACCAGGGCGGGCAGGCGCGGGGCGCACCUGGGUCCCCGCCCGGCAAAAGCAGGAGGAGCGAGGGCGGAGGGAGCCGGUCCCCUCCCCGUCCCUCCUCAUCUCUCCUUCUCCUCCCUAUCCCUCCCUCCUCCCUCCUUCCGUGCGCGCCGGCCGCGGCGGCGCCGCGCUCCCUCCAGCCGCGCCCGCGCAGCCCCCGCAGGUCUCUUUGGAUUUAUUUAUACCAAAUUAAGGCAGUGGAAAAAGUCUAACCUAAAAAAAAAAAAUUUAAAAAAAAUGGUUGCCACCUCUCUGUCCUGACUUCCUCAGUCCCUCAGACGAAGAAAGAGCCUGCAAAAGUCGGAUGGAAGCCGUGUCUGUGUAUCCGUGGCGUUUACAGAGGAGCAAAUGCCAGCAUGACUAGGGCCUGAGGAAGUGCUGCUGUGUUUCUACCAAGGAUUUGUGAGUACAGAGCAAGGGUGCAAGGACAGCAGGGACAUUCUGAGCUACCAUGGAUAUCCCCACUGAUUUGGUGCCAUCCUCCAUGAUGUCUCAACCAGAGGUGAUUGAGUCCACAGUCAUGAGUGAACCACAGUGCUACUACAAUGAAACCAUUGCCUUCUUUUAUAACCGAAGUGGAAAAUAUCUAGCCACUGAAUGGAACACUGUCAGCAAGCUUGUAAUGGGACUGGGGAUUACCGUCUGCAUCUUCAUAAUGCUGGCCAACCUCUUGGUUAUGGUGGCUAUUUAUGUCAACCGCCGAUUCCACUUUCCUAUUUAUUACUUAAUGGCCAACUUAGCCGCUGCGGACUUUUUUGCAGGGCUGGCCUACUUUUACUUAAUGUUCAACACAGGACCCAACACUAGAAGAUUAACUGUAAGCACCUGGCUUCUUCGUCAGGGUCUCAUUGACACUAGCCUGACAGCCUCUGUAGCCAACUUGUUGGCCAUUGCCAUUGAGCGGCACAUCACAGUUUUCCGAAUGCAGCUGCACACUCGGAUGAGCAACCGGCGAGUGGUGGUGGUGAUUGUUGUUAUCUGGACUAUGGCCAUUGUCAUGGGUGCCAUACCAAGCGUCGGAUGGAACUGUAUUUGUGAUAUCACUCACUGCUCCAACAUGGCACCGCUCUAUAGUGACUCCUACCUGGUCUUCUGGGCUAUUUUCAACCUGGUCACUUUUGUGGUCAUGGUGGUUCUAUAUGCUCAUAUCUUUGGAUACGUUCGCCAAAGGACUAUGAGAAUGUCCAGACACAGCUCUGGACCCCGCAGGAAUCGAGACACCAUGAUGAGCCUCCUAAAGACUGUGGUCAUUGUGCUUGGUGCUUUCAUAAUCUGCUGGACCCCAGGAUUAGUCUUGCUGCUCCUAGAUGUUUGCUGUCCGCAGUGCAACGUCCUGGCCUAUGAAAAAUUCUUCCUGCUCCUGGCAGAGUUCAACUCUGCCAUGAACCCCAUCAUCUACUCCUACCGGGACAAGGAGAUGAGCGCAACCUUCAAGCAGAUACUCUGCUGCCAGCGCAGUGAGAGCGCCAAUGGCCCGACUGAAGGCUCAGACCGGUCAGCGUCCUCACUCAACCACACCAUCUUGGCUGGUGUCCACAGCAAUGACCACUCAGUGGUGUAAAACCUCAGCCAGCCACGUGGCUGACGAAAGGCAGCGGGGCUACGCUGCGGCGCGGGGUGGGUAGGCGUCUCCGGGGAAGGUAACCCACUCACAAGUUUUUCUCAAACACUAAUGGACUACAAGAGCUUCUUUUCCAGGGAGCGCGACACACCGGCGCAGUAUACUUUGUCUGCAGGACUGGCCGUGCUGCAAGGCCUUUGAUUUCUACUUUCAGAAAGUAGAAGGCAGAUGCCUUGUGGUGGAGGUCAUCAAUAGCCCGUGGAAAGCCUUCCCGAGACUUUGUCAGACUCUGCUGCGUCUUGGUGCCAGUCUGAACCAACUCUGAUUAAUUAAGCUUAUACCUGCUUCACCGCAUUUACAUGUAGCCACUUAGUCUUUUUAAAAAGGGAGUAAAGGGGAUAAAAGUAUGCCUAUCAUUUAAUAGACAUGUAAUAUUUAUCACCAUCAGCAUGCUUGUGAUGAACAUUUUCUGUGCAGGGAGUAAAACUCUGCUCUAGUCUUCGUAUCCUUAGCCACAGUGCCCUAACUACAGUAAAAACUAAAGUAUUUUCUUCUAAUACAGGCAACAAGAAGAUGAUGGAAACUGGCUCUUCUUACCUUCGUUACUGGUGUUAGAGAGCAUGCAUGUUCUGUGUGUAUGCAGAUUGUUUUAAUUACGGGGUGGGGGGAGGUGAAAAAAAAAGGAGAAAAAAAAAAAAGCUCAUUGUAAAGUCUGCAGGAAAGUAGAAAAGCAUAGACUGUAUUCCAGUGUUUGUUUAGAUUAUGAAAUAAACAGUACUCUAGUCACAAGGUAUUUAAUGUUCUUUUUUGAAGUGUGGUGUGACAUGUGUAAUAGGUGAAGGGUCCCAAGUCUUUUUAUGGACAAGUUCCUAAAGCACUUCCCUGAAGCUCUUACAGGCGUACAGAGUUAGUAGAUUUACAUACAUAUAUAUAUAUAUAUGUAUUACUAGAAGGUACUUUUGGCAUUGGAAUGCUUUUCUUAUUCAUGGCAGAAUACAAAGGGAUUUUUAAUGUGAAAGCAGUUUAUAUGUUUGGAGGUUUUUUGGUUCUUUUUAAUAGAACCUUUCUUGUAACUGAAAACAAAACACCUGCAUUUUUGCACUGAAAAAAUAUUUUCAGGGUAUCUCUUAAGUCAGGUAGCCCUCAUUUCAAAAGCAGUGGGCUACUGAGAACAUAACUUUGUUUUGUUGUGCCAAGACAACAUGAGCAGUCAUCUGCUGCAAGUGGUUACACUGUGCUGUGUAUGGUGCAUGUAUCAGUCCAUAUAAUAGCUAUGCAUGCACAUGGUUGUGAACAGCUGAGCUGACACAUGGGGUCCUUCACGUGUGGCUGUUUCAAGAGAAAUGCCACUUGUGUGAAUCUCUAUUACCGAGAGGCACUGAUGACAUUAAUUAGAACAACUUGACAGGGGGGAAUGUGAGCAAAGAUGGGAUCUUGCAGAUAAAAAACUUGGGACCUUUCUGUGGGAAACUGUUCUCCUAACAAUGUAAAAUAUAUCUCAACAGUAAAUUCUUGGGGCUGUUUUCCUUGUCAUAAUUUGGCUCUCUGAUGACAACAACAACAACAACAAAAAGUUCCAGAGUGAAAAAAAAAUAGAAGUGUAUUGUUCAGAGUACCAUAUGGGAAUGUGACAUAAGGGACAAUAUUCUUCCAUUUGGGAAGGGAAGAAAUAGAGAGAGGAGGGUCAGCCCAGCAAAAAAAAAAACCCAGGUUUUAGUAUCUCUUUUUUUGAAGAGAUGCUUGGAUUUUAUGCUUAUAAGCAUAAAUUUACUUGGAAAAGAAAGUUCCUUGCUGAGGGAUGGAAGAUCAUUUGAGCAAAUUGUCCUUUGCUGCUUCACUAAAUAAAGUGAAAGUUUGGUCACUGCUUUCAGUAAAACAAAUUCACCUCUACUGUCAAGCCAAAUGUGUGUGGACACUGGAGUGGAGUGGGCAGAGGGGAUAAACACAGCUUUAUCUGCCAGUUAACCAAGGUAUUGAAUUGCUUUGCACAAAAAAAAACCUUUCUUUAUUUUCCUGCCUGUUUUUGAGAGUAGGUGAAUGUAAAGGUUGAUUUGUGGUUUUUUUUUUUCAUCCAUAUACACUCCCUGUGGAUAUGUGUACUCUCCACUGUACUGAGAAAGAGAAGAGCAGGCUAUAUUAACUUCCUCGUUUAAAAGCAAUUGCCUGCUAAGCCACUCAUAAGUUUGUCUUAGUGCCUGUGUGAUGGUUGAGCUAGUGCAGGUAAGCAGAAGACAGGAGAGGCUGAGUGCCUCCAAAGACAGGGGACAUAUGACUGAAAAGCAGUUUCCUUUUCUCAACAGUGCCUAUAGUUGCUUUCUUCCCUGGAUCCAGGGAGAGCACGGUUUCUUGUCCCCAGGUUCCCCACAUGAGGUGAGGGGUAUGACUGACCAUUCCAAGUGCCAUUUUUACUGCUGUUUUCAUGUUCUAUGUUGAAUCUCUCCUGGAUGGGAUGUCAGGAUGAUAUUAAGAAAUAGCUAAUAGAAUUAGUACACCCCAGUGUACUGUGGUGGAAGUGUAAUGGUUUUGGAGAAGCCAAAGGUGAAGAAUUUUAAACAAGGAGUGCAAUCAUUUGUAACAUGCAGGUGGCUCCAGAAGUCCCUUGUGAAGACAGAUACACAGGUGGAAAUUGCUGCCCGGAUACAAGGAUCAGCCCUUCUCAACAAUUCACGAAGCUGGGCUUUUUUAACUCUUGACAGCAGUUAAAUUUCAGUCUUGGGGUAGAUUUAUCCAGGAGCAUUUCUGGCAGCAGGUGGCUUUUUCUUCUGAAAGGUGAAGUGCAGUGCUUUAGAUCAAAGACAGCAGGAUACAAACAUUGCUUGUACAACUCCACUAGAGGAACUCACCAAGCAUGUUUAAGAAUUCAAUUAGUGCUUUGUUUCAUUGACAUGAUCUCCCUAUGUCCUUGAGAAACCUGAUCUGUGGAUUGAGCGUUUCUUUGCAAGCUUAUGAAAUUAAAGCUGCUGUGAGCAAAGAGAAUAAAAAACAGAGCUUGGAA